AUGGCGGGCGAUAUUCUGACAAGUGACCCCAUCACUAUUAGCCAGAUAGAAGCCAUUGCCCGACAAAAGCUUUCGGACAAUGUCUACAACUAUUACUCCUGUGGCGCAGAUGAUCAAACUACACUGGAAAGAAACCAGGCAGAUUUCGAUCGGUGGGGUUUUUCUAUCUCCAUCGUUUCAAAGAUUCGGCCGCUUAUUAUUUUGGUCCUUCCUCGUGUCCUUCGAGAUGUAUCUCAGGUCGACACUUCCACAGAGCUGUUCGGCUAUCGAUUUCCCUUCCCAGUCGGCGUAGCACCUAGUGCUAUGCAACGAUUGGCAAGUCCAGAGGGUGAACUAGAUGUUGCACGUGCGGCAGCUUCUAUGGGGAUCAAUCUAACUCUGUCUUCAAAUUCGACAACAUCCCUAGAGGACGUAAUGUCUGCCCGGCACCAGAUUGGAAAGGAGACUGCCGCACCUUUCUGGUUCCAAAUAUAUCUUGCGUCCGACCUCGACCUCAGUGUGCCAUUGAUCAAGAGGGCGGAAGAGGCGGGAUAUGAAGCCCUGGUUCUAACAGUGGACACGCCGGUCCUCGGUAACCGCAUUAAUGAGCGCCAGACCCCAUUAAUCCUUCCUGAAGGCCUUCACCUGGCCAAUAUUCAGAAGAAUGGUGCUAAGGGAUCACGCAAGCCAUCAUUUAAUCGGGAGAUCAUGGAUGCACGCACCGCCAAACAAGCAAAUGACCUCAUGCAAGCGGCCGGGAGCACAGCAAACAGUGCUUCCCUGACGUGGAGCUCAACCAUCAAGUUUUUGCGACAGACGACAGACAUGAAAAUCAUUUUAAAAGGUAUUAUGGCGCCUGAAGACGCGCAGCUCGCUGUGGAAUGUGGUACCGAUGCUAUCAUAGUGUCAAAUCACGGUGGCCGUCAACUUGAUGGUGUCCCUUCCACCAUUCAAGCACUCCCGGGAAUAGUCGACGUCGCAAAGGGCAAAAUCCCAAUAAUUCUUGACGGAGGAAUACGCCGUGGAAGCGACGUCUUCAAAGCAUUAGCACUCGGGGCAGAUUUCGUGUUGGUUGGACGACCGGCUCUGUGGGGUCUCGCCUUCAAUGGCAGAGAAGGUGUGGAAGCUGUAAUGAAUAUCCUCGAACGGGAGCUCAGUCGUACCAUGGCGCUGGCCGGUACCGCAAAAGUGGGAGAUAUUUGCUCUGCUUUUCUUCGGUAUACUGAAGGUGGACGAUUGAGUAAAAUUUGA